UUCACUCGAAUCCUCACGUCGAUCUAUGCAACAGAGGAAGGAAUUGGGCGCAGAGAGGUAAAAUGAUUUGCUGAAGGCUGUGCAGCUGCUUCAGUGCAGAGCUGGGACUGCACCCAGGGAGCCCAGCCAGGGGUCUGUGCUUACAACUAUCACACAAGAUGCCUCGCCAAGACGGAGGCCAAACUUCUCCCUGUGACCGAGGCCAUGGCUACCUCCAGCCUCUCUGUCUCCUCUGCUCUGGCAUUACUGAGCUACCUGCAGUUCCUCAAAAGGGCCUCGCUCUUCUGGGCCUUUGGACGACGCCUUCCAUCCCAGCUGGGCUCUGGAAACCCUGGUCCUUCAAGACUCGUCUUUGGAGAUGUUGGACAAGUUUACCCAAAGCUGGUUGGCCAGGGGCUAGCACAGGUGCCUGGCUGAAAAUAGGUGUUGAGUAAAUGUCAGCGAUUGAAAUGAAAGGAACUAAGGAAGGCAAGAGGAAUUAGGGUAUCGAGGAUGUCAGAGGCAUUUCACAUACACGCUCGCUCCCAGCAGUCCCAUCAAAAUCGCUGUCCCGUGGCCUGUCCCUCUCCCAGGCCCUGCCCUCUGGUUAAUCUGACAGAUGAAUCCUACUGAUGUGUCCUCAUGUGUACUGCUCCUCUGGGGUGGUCAUGCAGGGCCCACUCCUCGUUAAGCCGUUUCCCAGCUUACGAGAGCCAGGACAAGUAGGUGUCGGUGGCACUUUCCUCCAAUGGAAACCAACCCAUUUAUUUUGUUUACUUGGUUAUUUUUCUGCCGUUAACAUUCUAUUCCUAACCAAUGAUCCAAGUACACAUAGGAUGUCACCAUGUACCUCUAAGGAAAGCGUGCCUUCCCCCUCCACAGGGGAGGGCUGACUGCCCCUUCGUCAGUGUUUUGAAAGGGCUCUGGGACCGCAGGCUAAGGGAUCCCUGCUUUGCUCGAGGGUGAGCACCAGCUGGGGACAACGUGCUAAGGCGAGGGGUACUGGGGUUACCCUCGGAAAGGGCGCCUGUGUCUGUGACAGCGUCACACUACUGGGGGUCUUCCCGCCUUUCUGGUUCCUCCUUGCAUGACAUCUGAGUCAGAGUCCCCCUUGAGCCCCUCUUCAUCGCUCCCACAGGCUUCAGCCUCCAGGACGAGGGUCCCCAGCUCCCCUGCAGCAGACGCCAGGAGCUCUUUGAAACUUGUCCUUGGUCUCUAGAAUCCUGACUCUGAGGCCGGGCAUUCCAACAGCAACUCUGGGUGCGGAUCUUGGAAAGGCCACUUCAAAACUGUUCUAGCCCAGGCCCCCAUGACAGGCUCUGCUUCUGUGAGGUUUGCAAGGUGCCAAAAACAUCUCCGGUGCCCCAGUAAGAACAGCCAAUGGAAGCCACGGCCAGGACCCCUCCCACUCCCCCGCUCAGUGACAUCCUGGUCGCCUGCCUCUCUCCUCUGUCUCUCCCAACUUGGUACUGAAGGGAGGAUCCGGCAGCCUGAGUCUGCAGAACCCUGUUUGCCCUGUGGUUCCCAGACAGAGCCUCAGCCUCUCCAAAGAUGGGCUGGAGACAGCUGCUCCUGGUCUCCUGCCUCUCAGCUGCUAUGUUCCUGUCCAUGCCGCAGGAGGGGUCCAGUGCAUCGGUGGGCAUCAGCCAGGUCUCUGGACAAGAGGCUCAGGAAGGCGUGGACCAGAAGAUUUUCCUGCAAGAACCAGAUGCCUCAAGUUUCCUCAAGAAGCAUGGCAAGCGGCUCCCCAAACCCCCAAACGAGCUCGUCGCGGAGAACAGGCAGAAACUGUGGACUGACGAGCUGCACAGAGAAUAUCCUGAGGAAUUACAAGAGUCGGAGAGCUUCGCGGAGGUGAACGGUGAGAAACAGAAAGAGAAAAACCGGGAAGCUAUUGACCAAUGGCACCAUUGGCAUUAGGGCGGCCUAUACCCGUCAUAUCUCUAUAACCGCCACAACUGAUCUCAUCAUGACAAACCCAGAAGAUGGAGCCUGAAAUACACGUACACAUCCCAGGUGUUUAAUUCCAGGUGCUGGAACAACUCUCUCCCCACCAAGAGACCCCCUUCAAAGGGCCUCAACUUGGGACCUGAUGUAAACACACGGGCCUUCUGUUCUGAUGCAUUAAAAUGCCCUGGCUUUAGCUUCUUUGCAGAUGAAUGUCUAUGGGGCGGCCUACACCAAACCUACAGAUUUCUCCUUGCUUAGCCACAAUGAAAAGAAUCGCAGUAAAGAGAAAAGAUUACAUGUUUGCUUAUCGCUUGCAAAUAAAAAUGCUGAAUCAAUACCGUGAAUUAUCUUCUUGAGUCUCAAAUAAAGCAGGUGUCAACCUGUCUCCCCCGAGUGACAAUGUUACUCAUGCUGACUCGGGCAUUUCGAAGCUUGAGCUCAGGUCUGUGGCUCACCACUUCCUCAGUAUGUCUCAGCAGUCACAAGAAUGAAGGAACAAUGUGAACACAACUGUUUUCGUAAAAUCACUCUCUGCGACGCUUACUGAGCCCAGGUGCUUCUCUGAAGUCUUAAUGUUCAACUGCAGUUUUUUUAAAUGACGUCAAUCAGAAGCCGGGGUUACAGCAAGGACAGCUAUAACUCAAACCAGAAAACACAUAAAAUUGAGUUUUGGUAUCAUUUCCUUUUUAUUUAUAGUGCCUUCAUUAGAUGCCUGGGGCUGGCAUAAAAAGCAGCACAAACUGGGUGACUUAAAACAAUAAAAAUUCAUUCUCUCACAGUUCUGAAGGCUGGAAGUCUGAAAUCAAGGUGCUGGCAGAGCCACUGCCCCUCCAAAGGCUCUAGAGGAGGCUCCUCCCUCAUCACUUCCAGCUUCAGGUAGCCCAGUCAUUCCCUGGCUUCGGGCAGCUUCACUCCAAUCUCUGCGUCCAUUGUCACAUGGCCUCCUUCUCUCCCCACGUCUUCACAUCAUCUUCCCUCUGUGCCUUCCUGCGUUUCUCUCCUCUUAUAAGGACACCAGUCAUACUGAAUUAAGAGUCUACCUUACUAAUGUCAUCUUAACCUGAUGACAUCCGUAAAGUCUCUAUUUCCAAUAGGGUCACAUUCAUAGGCAUCGGGGGUUAGGAUUUCAACACAUCUUUCGGAGGGACACGAUUCAACCCACAGUGGUCCUCCUUUCUCCUUUGCUAAGCACUCUGCCUUCCUGCCCCAGACUCGGUCUCUCUCCUUCUUCCAUCCUGGCUCUCGACGACCUUCAGGAAUCCCACACUGAGAACGCGGAAGACUCAAGAGCAACUUAAGCAGGCACCUCUGUGGGGUCACAGCACUCAGAAGGAUAGGGAAGAUUCCAGAUGAAGAAUAAGCAUCUACUCUUGGCCACUCCCUGUCCCCAUCCCUGGGUCCUCCGCUUCCCCCAUGAGUUGGGUCCCUGGCCAGCUAGUCCAGCCUGCUUUAGAGGUUGGGCUUCCAAGGCAGAAUAGGGCCACUUUCCUUUGAGGAAAAGCUGCUCAACUGUAAAAUACUCCACCAGAGGUGUGGCUAUUUAUGAGAUAAGGAUGCUUUGCAAAGAAUGCACAUAUUUUAAAUAAUUUUUAAAAAGUAGUAAAAUCUUUAAAAACAUUCCAGUGAUGAAGUGAUUAUGCAUUUUCCAAGUGACCUCAUUCAUACAGUCAG